AUGCUUGGCAAUCGCGUGCUGCUCCGAUUUCCGGCGACUACAGACCGCGACGAGUUCGUCGCGCUGCGAAGAGCAUCGCGCGAGCAUCUGGAACGCUGGGAACCGAUCCCGCCUUCUGGAUUGGAUCUGUACAGCAAUGAAGCGUUCGAUCGCGAGCUCGAGACACACAACACCCCUGAGUCCCAGCGCUGGUUGGUGUGCAUGAAAGACUCCGGCGCGAUCGCGGGACGCAUCGCUCUGGGAAACAUCGAGCGCGGCCCAUUCCAGAACGGACGCUUCGGGUAUUGGAUCGGGAGUGCGUUCGCGGGUCAGGGGUUGAUGAGCGAGGCGCUGUCGCUUGCGGUGGCGCAUGCGUUUGCUUCAGUGGAGAGCGGGGGGCUGGGUUUGCAUCGCGUGUGUGCCAACAUCAUGCCGAGCAAUGGUGCGUCGCGGAGGGUACUGGAGAAGGUGGGGUUCGUGAAGGAGGGGUACUCGGAGAAGUACCUGCAGAUUCAGGGGGUGUGGGAAGAUCAUGAGCGGUGGGCGAUGACGAUGGAUCAACAUCUUGGGAGAUAA